AUGUCGAGAGAUUUAGGAUGGGAGGUUGAUGAGAGGUUUUUAGCGGAAGAAGGGGAAGAAAAAGAGGGAAAGUCUAUGAGUCGACAUUUUAGCAAAAAUAUAACUAUGAAAAAUAAUGGCUGUGAAAGGGUAAAUGUGGGAGGAAAAAAUACACAAAAAGGUAGCAACAGGGACGAGAUUUGUAUCGAUAGAAUAAGGAGAAGUGUAUGGGAUCAGAAACAGGGGAGAGUUAAGGGUGAUAAUGACAUAAAUCAGGGAAAAAAGCAACAUACAAGAUACCAGGACGAAACUAGUAAUGAAAAAAAUUAUUCUUGCUGA